AUGAUCACCACCUGGAACGUUAGGGGCAUCAAUAAAGAGUCUCGGCACCGGGAAGUCAGCUCCUACAUCCAUACCUUGCAGGUGCCCAUCAUUGCUUUGUUAGAAACUAGAAUAAAGGAAACUAAUGCUGAUAGAAUACGUAGGACGUUUAUAAAUAAAUGGGCCUAUAUUGAUAAUUAUACUCAUCACUAUAAUGGAAGAAUCUGGAUUCUGUGGGAUGAUCAGGAAGUCACAGUGAAGGUCCUGACAGUUGAGGAACAAUUCAUCCAUAUUGAUGUUCAGCAUAGGGACAACAAAAGGCACUACUUGGCAACUAUUGUUUACGCAUUGAACCAGCUCGAGAAAAGGAAAAUUCUUUGGGAGCAUAUUGAUAGAUUAGGGGAUAGUAUACACUUGCCAUGGAUUGUGAUUGGAGACUACAACAAUGUCCUUACUUAUAAGGACAGGAUCGGUGGUAACCGAGUGGCCCUUAAUGAAUAUGCAGAUCUGGUUGACAUGAUGGAGAAGAAUGGCCUGUUUGAAGCUGAAACCAAGGGCUCCCACUUCACUUGGUCAAAUAAACAUUCAUUUGGAGCCAUCUAUUCUAGAAUAGAUAGACUCAUUGGUAACUCACUCUGGUUCAGCACGUAUCAAGAUAUUAUUGUGGAAAUUCUGCCUCCUCAUAUUUCUGAUCACUCCCCGAUUAGAGUAAGAACGUUGGCAGCUCAGCAUAGGCGUAAACACACCUUUAAGUUCUUAAACUGUGUGACAACAAGGACAGGGUAUCAUGAGACUGUUAAUAAUUGUUGGAGACAACAGGUUCAGGGCACACCAAUGCAACUACUUUGGCACAAAAUGAAGAAGCUUAGCAGGACCCUCACACCUCUUCACAGAGAGAUUAGUGGCAUGAGAAUCCAAAUGCUCAAAACCAGAGCAGAACUGGAGGAGGCACACAAAGAAUUACAAACUAACCCAUUUGACAGCCAUCUUAUGGAGCUGGUGAAAAACAAAACAGAUAGACUCUUAGAGCUCAAUCAAAUGGAGGAAAGCAUGCUUAAACAGAAGGCCAAGGUUGAAUGGUUGAAACUGGGCGAUGAAAACAAUACUUUCUUCCACAACUCAGUCAGAGAGAGGCAUAGACAUAACAACAUGAACACUCUGACCUCCCUGAAUGGCAGUUUUCUUAAUAACAGGGAAGACAUCACCAAAGAGAUAAUUGAGUACUAUACGACUCUGCUAGGAACAUCAUCCAAUGCGCUGAAGGGUAUUGACAGACAUUGCAUUUUGAGAGGGAAAAUUCUUUCCAGAACAGAUGCGCUGAGUUUGAUCUAUCCAAUUGCUGAAUAG